AUGGAAGAUAAAUCUGACGAGGAAUUUGACGAGAUCGUUUACGAGGAGGAGGAGGGCGGCUUUGACCUCGGCCAAUGUCUCGACGCUCCGCAGGCCAAGUUCUAUACCACGAGACAACUACAUACUAUGAUACAUGAGGGUCUGAUUGAUCUCAACCCACCCUACCAGCGAGAGGUUGUGUGGCCGGAGCCGAAGCAGGUGAAGCUGGUGGACUCCCUUUGGAGGAAUUUUUACGUUCCACCGGUGGUAUUUGCCGUCUACAACAACGAAGAGGGCGAAGAAGUACGAUGUUGUGUGGAUGGAAAGCAGCGGCUCACAUCCAUCCAGAAGUUCAUUGAUGGCCAGGUACAUAAGCAUUGGCGCACUGGCCAGAGCUGGUGGUAUACCACUGCCCACACCAUGAAGAAGGCACGCACAGAAGUCCCAAAGAAUUGGAAGGACGACUUUUGUGCCAAGACCAUCACUUGCGUGGAAUAUCACGGCCUUCCCUCAGGCCAGGAACGCGAUAUUUUUCAGCGAGUACAAAUGGGUGUACCUCUCAGGGCCGCUGAAAAGCUGCAAGCUCUUUCUUCCCCAUGGUCCGAGCUCAUCGAUGAACUGGUCCAGAUGUAUGUUGUCUGUGAGGACGGUCUUCCGGCCAAGAUCAACGUCACCAUCAAACGUGGACAAGACUUUCAACUCAUCGCCGGCCUCCUCUACUGCUGCCAUCAGCUUCCCGAACAGGGCCAGCCGACGUCGGGUAACAUCGAGAAGUGGUUGACGGGCAACUCCGUACCGCACGAGUCCUUCAAAUCAGCAAUCAGUGAUACGCUCAAAUCUAUGUGGUACAUUGGUGACACGCCUUCGCUCAACCACGGCUUCACGGAGAUCACAAAACGCGUAGCCCCGGUGGAGUUUGUCUUCAUUGGUGUCUUGCUAUAUCUCAUGCGCGACCGGCCGUAUUUAGAGCGAGCAGACGCCAUCCUCGAUAUGCGUCAGUCAGUUCGUAAGAAGUAUCAAGACAUUCGCUCGAAGCACGAGGUAUUCAAAGAGAUGUGGAUUUACAUCGACUCCGUCGCGGAGCGGAGACCCGAUGUGAAGAGCAAAGGAAAAGGCAAAAAGCGCAAGGCCCCGUCGCGAAACGACGCAGAUGACAUGGACGUCGACGAGGGUCCUAGCAUUCGCAGGAAACCGAGAAAAAAAUAA